AUGGAUAUGUUCAAGUUGUUAACAAGAUCCUCAAAUAUACAAAAAUCUGCUCCAGCUCCCAAAAAGUCCUCUAGCCGUCAGAUCCCAUCAGAUGGAUUUUCAGGUCAUCCUUAUCAAGAUUCCGAGAAUGGUGAUGCCUUCUUCGGCAAUGAGAAAGCCAAGAGUAGAGGCACAAAGCGGAAGAGAAGUGGGGUGGAGGAAAAGCAUGACGAUGAGCUCCUUGGGCAGUUGGAUUUCUUCAGAGGUGGCGCUCGAUCUCCGGUCUCGUCAGAGAAGCAGGCCAUGGAUAGUGAAAAAGGGGCUACCACCAGGAAACUAGACGUGCAGGAUGCUCACAUUACGAAUCCUUUCAUUCCAGACUUGAGUGAGGAAGAGGGUUGGCGAACCUUGAAGAGACACAAGCUCAAAGUUACCGUUCUGGGGGACGCAUCUGGAAUCCAAAGUAGUCACCAUGACGAACAAAAAGGGACAACUUCAGAGCCUGUGGGGAAGAAGAACGCACAUCCUCAAAUAUCACCACAGCCUUUGACUUCGUUCAUACAACUACGGAGUAAGUACGGCAUUUCGAAAAAACUUGCAGGGAACUUGGACGCUCAAGGGUAUACGGAGCCUAGUGAAGUUCAAAUGGGCAGCCUACCGCUCUUACUAGGGACGGACGAGGAUCGUGGGCUGAUAUCACGACGGGAUAAGAGGAGCGAGACAGAGCCAAGAGCUGACAUUGAUCUACUCACAAUUGCUCCAACUGGUAGCGGAAAGACCUUGGGUUUCUUGAUACAUGUACUGCAGGGAUUGCUUGAAAGCCGGAAGGCUCAAAGGGAAACCAAGGCAGACAAGAGGUCAGAGCAUAGGGUUCAGGCUUUGAUAAUUGCUCCCACUCAUGAGCUCGCAGACCAGAUUGUCAACGAGGGAAGAAAGCUCGCAUCAGGUACUGGCAUAAAGAUCUCCGGGCUGAGGAAAGGCAUGAGAUUGCACCCGGAACUUGUGGGCUUGAAACAUGGUGACACUACGCAGGGCGUGACGGACGAUACCUCCGGAGGACACACACAUGACUUUCUGGUGAAGACGGAUAUUGUAGUCAGCACCCCCUUGUUGUUUUUGCAUGCCAUCUCAGCGAAACAGUCAGGCGCAGCUUCUCUCCCAGAUAUUCGUUUCCUCAUCCUCGACGAAGCGGACGUUCUCCUUGAUCCGCUUUUUCGAGAGCAGACACUCGGUAUUUGGACCGCUUGCACUAACGCUUCUCUGCGUACCUCUCUCUGGUCUGCCACUAUAGGUUCUUCCAUCGAGUCACUAGCUCAGACCUUCAUCCUCGACCGGCGGCGUAAUCUGGGCCUAACGUCUUCAUCGAUUUCCCAACACUACAUCGUUCGCCUUGUUGUCGGUCUCAAAGACUCUGCCAUUCCUAAUGUAGCCCACCGCCUCGUCUACGCCGCAUCCGAACAAGGUAAACUUCUCGCUCUGCGCCAGCUUCUACAUCCUUCUGGAGCGCCAGCAGCCGCCAUCCCGUCGUUGCAGCCACCAUUUUUGGUCUUCACGCAGACAAUACCAAGAGCCAUAGCUCUCCACUCCGAGCUUCUCUACGACAUCCCUUUCGAAGCAGGUGGCUCUUCACGUAUAGCUGUUCUCCACUCUAAUCUCUCAGAUUCCGCACGUGCAAACAUCAUGGCGGGUUUCCGCAAAGGCGAGAUAUGGAUUCUCAUCACCACGGACCUCUUGUCACGUGGAGUAGAUUUCAGAGGCCUGAAUGGGGUCGUCAAUUACGAUAUCCCAAAUACUGGUGCUUCCUACGUCCAUCGCGUUGGCAGGACAGGGAGGCAAGGCAGAGAGGGUGGAGUAGCAGUCACCUUGUACACGAAGGAGGAUAUUCCUUAUGUAAAAAACGUGGCUAAUGUGAUCGCUGCGAGUGAGAGGGCAAAGGAAAAACAUAACGUUGCUGAUAACGAGGGAGAAGGCAUGCAGAAGUGGCUGUUAGACGCACUCCCAAACGUUAGUAAGAAGACGAGAAAGGAAAUGAAGAGGAAGGGGGUGGAAAGUAGGAGAGCGACUACCGAGGCCGCAGGGGGCAGAGGGGCGAGAAAGAUGCGAAUCAGCACGAAGAGCGGAUAUGAUCGACGACUGGAGAACAAAAAGAAGGGAGUGGUAGACGGAAGCCGAAAGCGACUGGUACAGGAGGAGGAAGGAAGUAGGCUAGAAGAUGAGGAGUGGGAAGGUAUUGAUGAUUAG